AUGUCAGACACAAAGGACUUGUCGGCUCUAACUGCCGGAAAGGAUGCAUCCUUCGCUCAUUGUGAGCACACGAGGGACGAUGUCCCUGAGCUCGCUACUCUAGAAAUUACCUAUGAUGAGAGUGGUAUCAAGGGUAUUCUCAAAUCUCCAUAUGUCUGCGGCGCAGCCCUGCUAGCGUCCAUUGGAGGGUUCUCCUUUGGAUACGACCAAGGAGUUAUCUCUCUAAUAUUGGUAAUGCCCCAGUUUACGGUCCAAUUUCCACAGGUUGACGAGAGCAAUCCGCAUUAUGGCUUCAACAAAGGUUUCAUGACCGGCAUGCUGGAACUUGGUGCUUUUGUCGGAUGUCUUCUUUUUCCUUACUUAGCCGAUAAGAUCUCUCGAAAAUGGGGCCUCAGUGUCGCAACAACAUUUUUCUGCAUUGGCGCCGUCAUCCAAACUGCAUCUCAGAAUUAUGAUUCCCUGGUUGCUGGUCGCUUUAUUGGAGGUAUUGGAGUAGGAGCCCUGGCAAUGGGUGCCCCAUUGUAUAUCUCUGAGAUUGCUCCUCCCAAUCUGCGGGGAUCUCUUAUGGUCCUCGAAGCAAUCAGCAUAGUCAUUGGAGCCAUCGUUGCAUACUGGAUUACAUAUGGAACAAGAGACAUAAGCGGAGAGUGGGCAUUUCGACUACCUUUUCUCCUCCAGAUGGUUCCCGCCCUCAUGGUCGGAGCAGGCAUCCAUUUUUUCCCAUUCUCGCCUCGGUGGUUAGCCCUCAGAAACAGAAAUCAAGACAGUCUCCAGUCGCUCGCAAAGCUUCGACGUCUUCCUACAUCCGAUGAGAAAGUUCAGCUGGAGUGGAGAGGCAUUCUGACGGAAGACCGAUUCCAGAAGCAAAUCUUACAAAACCAACACCCUAACACAGGACCACUCAUGAUGGAACUUAAGCAAUGGAUUGACCUUUUCCGCCCCAAGUAUGUCAGGCGCACUUUUGUCGCUAUGGCCGUCGCAUUCUUCCAACAGUUUUCAGGCGUCAAUGCUUUCGUGUAUUACGCUCCCACCUUCUUCAUUCAAUUAGGACAGGAUUACAAUAUGUCAUUGAUUCUUUCAGGCUUGAUCAACGUGUGCCAAUUUGUUGGUAGUGUCCCUAUUAUUGUGUAUAUGGAUAAGAUCGGCAGGAGAAACAUUGCUAUCUACGGGGCCUUCCUGAUGGCCGUGCCGCACCUGAUAAUGUCCGGUCUUUUUGCCAAGUUCAGUUCAAACUGGGACACGCACAAGGGGGUUGGGUGGCUUGGGGUCUCCCUAAUUUAUGUUUAUAUAUUCGCUUAUUCGCUUUCAUACGGCCCACUAGGCUGGGUUCUUCCUGCUGAGGUCUUUCCCAGCUCCAAGCGAGCAAAGGGUGUUGGAAUUGCGACGGCAACUAACUGGCUUGCUAAUUUCAUCAUUGGAACUAUCGUUCCUCAGAUGCUUGAGUCUAUAGGCUGGGGUACCUUCUUGUUCUUCGGGGUGUGGUGUAUAAUCGCCGGAGUGUUCUCGUUUUUCUUCGUGCCUGAGACAGCUAACAAAUCUUUGGAACAAGUAGCAGCGGUAUUUGGUGAUAAUUUGCAAGCAUAUGAAGAGGAUCUUCGCCGCCAAGCUGUACUAGAAGUUUGGGCUGAAACUGGCGGCCCGGAUGAGGUCCGAGAUCCUUGA